AUGCUUCCCCCUCGGAGCGCCCUCGGUCGAAUACCGAAUCACAUCCGCCCGGUGUAUCCAUUGCGGUCCACCGGCCCAAGUGUUCAUCUACGACCAUUCACACACCGAACACGGCUUCUCCUCUCCCCGCCGCCCGGCCGCCCUCAACUACCGUUUCUCUCACCACUCGCGCCAACGCGCCCUCUCCCACCGCUCUCUAUUCACCUGCGCCAGCACUUUGCCCGUCUGAUUUCCACUGAGAGCCGCGAACACUACAAGCGACGCCUGUCGCGCGGAGUGAAAAUUGGCCUGACUUUUUACGCCAUCCUUGUCUUGUUCUCGGUCAUCAAGAUCGGUGUUUACCAAGAGGAUAUUGAACACCAAUGGCCCACGCCUCCGGAAUGGUCCUGGAAGAGCCGCUGGUGCUUGCGGUCCGCGCAAGCCCUGCAGAACCCCGAGCAGAUCGGCAAGCUGAUGACCAAUUGGCCCAUGGUCGCUGGGUAUCUGCGGGAGCUGCUGGAGCGCCUGGAGAACCUGGAGGGCGAGGGCAAGGGGAUUGUGGAGCAGGAUGAGGGUGGGUUUUUGGUUGAGGGGAUCGGUCGUACGGGGUUCGAUAUCUCUGAGAAGAGUGAACACUGGCGCCGCGGAUACUUCCAGGCUCUUAUGGGCGCGGCCAAGGCUGCGGAGAACCUCGACGGGUGGCUGACGGAUCGGAAACAGCGCAUCUCGGCACCGGCUGAAUACGUGGUCGGGCCCUCGAAUCCUCGGCCUAAGCCCAUGCCCGCGGGGCAAAAGAAAGUGCCGCGGGAGGAGAAUUGUGAGGCGGCGUCUCCGACUCCCGAGAGCUUUUAUAUGAAGAUCUUGACUACCAAGGGCUUUGAUACGAGGCAGAAAUUGGAUGCUGCCCUGGCGUAUGCCGAUUGGCUUGACUUUAAAGGAUUGGGCCGCACGGCCGGUGACAUGUACACCUGGGCACUGGAUAUUGCUGCGGGUGCAUGGGCGGGUGAUGCCACCAAAAUCGUGGAUCUUCAAACGGGGCUUCUGAAGAACGCCGGUGCGGAAUUGCCUUCUGAGAAUCUGAUUCGGGUUUCGACGGCGCUCGCCGUUCACAACGCCCGUCAAGGCAACCUCCCCACGGCCUUGUCCCUCUUCACGUCUGUGUUGAAAGCCCGCCGCAGUCUCCCUAUGUCAGACGACUCGGUCCUUCCCAGCGCCUUUCCCUCUCCGUUCAAUUCCACCAACGACCCUUUUGCCCGCCUUUUCAAAUCCCUCAAGACUGUUCUCAUUCCCGUGGAAUACCCCGAGCCUCUCCCAUCCGGGGAUAGUCCACCUUCCCGUACUACCGCUUCCGUCUGUGAUGAAGCCGGCUUGAUGACAUACAUUGGAGAGAUUCUCUACGCCUCAUCGUCGCGAGAAUCCGGCCUCGCCUGGACCCGGGACGCCGUUGACAUGGCCGAAUCAGCAAUGAUGGACCUCGGCAACACUGCAGACCGCAGUGCCCGUACGCGCUGCGCGCAAUGUAUCAAAGUCGGUUUGGAGAACUGGAAGACGAUGGUUUCUUCCCUAGUCACCCACGCCGAGAAGGAAGAAAAGGAGAGCAUUGAGAAAGCCGGGAAAGCCUGGUAUGGAGGUGAGCGCCGCGCAGAGGCCAAAUCGCUAGAUCGUCGACGCUGGCAGGCCGAGGAGAGCAUCCUGGAGGACCGGAUCCGAAGACUCUUUCCUUUGCUCGAGGGAGAAUCGGGUCUAGAUACCCUUGCUCCGAACAGCUCUUUGUUUGUGUGA